UCUCCUCCAACUCUUAUGACUUUUCCGACUCUCACAUGGUUGAGCCUUCAGAAUACAGGACACCGGAAUGUGAUCAGUAUGACUACCCAGCAUGUCCCAGGAUCCUCAGCCCCGUAUGUGGAAGCGACUUGAACACUUAUGGGAAUGAAUGCACCUUGUGCGUGAAGAUCAGGUCCG